AUGGAGAGUGACAAAGUGCUUCUGGAAGACGGUGAGUUCAGAAUUACCGAGCUUAUGGCUACUAUAGCACUCGAUAAGUCGACAUUUGUUCAGUCUACACUUACUGUUAUUGAGUAUGCUAUUGUGAAGACACCACUUAUGACUCUUAUCAUAACCAGCUUUUUGUUCAGUUUUUCGAGAAUAUGUCACGACUUUCCAUUCAAUUCUGUGCUCAUUGAGCGUGCUGUAGAGCCUCCACCAGCACAACUGGACCUUGAUUCAGUUCUUCAUAUGUGCAGUUGUAAUCCAGUGCAAAUUCGUGAAGAGGUGUCACUUUUGUUGGAGGAUUUGUAUCUGAGACUUAAACGAAGCCUCUUCGCAGGCGUGUCAACAGCCUUUUUAUCGAUUUUUCUCCCGUGUGUAUUUGUACCGUACAAAACAUCACUAGGUGUACCGCAGAAAGUACUUGUGGAUGAAACAUGGGAAUCCGAGCUCUGUAUUGUUGUGGCGUUCACUGCGUUCUCACUUUAUAUCACGUACUUAAUGCCUCUGAAUUAUCUGGACUUAUUGCACAGGAGCGCUGUACAUCUGGGAACGUGGGAUCAGAUCGAGGGUCCAAAGAUUGGCCAGACUGGCCAAACGAAUUGGGCACCGUCACCCUGGGUGGCUCAAUGUCUAUAUUCCGAUGGCGAGACUGUGCAAAUGCCCGAUGGUCGGUGCUACAGGGCCCGUGGAUCUGCAGUGUUGAGAACAGUGGCUGCUGAACCAGGAUGUCCGGAUCAUGACAAGUUCUUUAUGCUUUGUGGUCGUCCAUGCACCAUCAUUAACGGAAUGUGCAUUUUUGAAGGUGCUCUGAUUGUCACACAGUUCUGGAUGCUGGUGUUGACAAUCGAUUGGCAACAUAUUGUCACCUUGGUGUUACUGAUGUUCGCCAAUUACCUGCUACUUGCGAAAUUGUUCAAGGAUAGGGUUAGUUCAUGA